UCAUGCAGCCAUAAAAUAAAAUGCUGACUUCUCAAAGUGCGGCGGGUGAACCCGUCUCAGGAUAGCAGCGCUGAAGCCUGACCCCUGACAGAGGGGGAGUGAGGCAGAAAAAGAGACUUGCUGGAGCUGCAGCUUCUUCUUUGCUUCAGCACUGAGCUUCUGUGAAGGCGUGCAUGAGUGUGUGAGCCGGAGCCAUGUCAGACCCCAGGGACAUCGAUGAGGACGCCAUCCUCAAGGGCCUCAGCGCCGAGGAGCUGGACCAGCUGGAGUAUGAGCUGCAGGAGAUGGAUCCUGAGAAUGCAAUGCUGCCAGCUGGCUUCCGGCAGCGCGACCAGACCAAGAAGAGACCGACCGGUCCGUUUGACCGCGACGCUCUGCUGCAGCACCUGGAGAAGCAGGCCCUGGAGUUCCCCGACAGGGAGGACCUGGUGCCCUUCACCGGGGAAAAGAAAGGAAAACAGUUUGUCGCUAAGAAGAAAUCCGGGAUUCCCGAACACGAGCAGGUGAUCCUGGAGCCAGAGCUGGAGGAGGCUCUGAAAAACGCCACGGAUGCAGAGAUGUGCGACAUCGCAGCCAUCCUUGGGAUGUACACGCUAAUGAGCAACAAGCAGUACUACGACGCUCUGGGCACCACGGGAACCAUUGCCAACACAGAAGGCAUCAACAGUGUUGUGAAACCAGAUCCAUUCAAGAUCUUCCCAGAGGAACCCCCCAACCCCACCAACGUGGAGGAGACCCUGGAGCGGAUCAACAACAAUGACAGCAGCCUGAUAGAGGUCAACCUCAACAACAUCAAGGACAUUCCCAUCCCAACACUUAUAGAGAUCUUUGAGGCAAUGAAGGGAAACUCUCACGUGGAGUUUCUCAGCAUCGCUGCCACCCGUAGCAACGACCCCGUGGCCCGUGCUUGUGCUGAGAUGCUGGAAGAAAACACCAGCUUACAAAGUCUUAACAUCGAGUCCAACUUCAUCACUUCAGAGGGGAUGACGGCCAUCAUCAAAGCGAUGGGCAGCAACGCCACCCUGGUGGAGCUGAAGAUCGACAACCAGAGGCAGAAGCUUGGAGAUUCGGUUGAGAUGGAGAUCGCCUCCAUGUUGGAGAACAACUCCAGCAUCCUCAAGUUUGGCUACCACUUCACCCAGCAGGGUCCGCGCGCCCGAGCCGCCAUGGCCAUCACACGAAACAACGACAUGAUUCGCCAGCAGAGGCUGAGAUGAAAGGAGCCUUGAACAAAAAAAGAAAUUAAAAAUUCAACCAGUUCAGCCUCUGGAAACCUCCCUCCUGGUGAAGCAUAAGAUCCUCCCCAAAUGGACCGUGUUCAUCCAUUUCAUUUCAUUUUCUGCUUUGCUGACAUGAUAAAAUCCAGAUAGAAAAAUGCAAAGUGUCUUCUUUUUGUGGUUUAGUUUGUUCAUCACUAACAUCCUCACAAUUCUCUUCAUUCGUGAAACUUUUUUGUUGUCAUUGUGGUGCUAAAUUCUAUGUGGAGAGGGUAAAAAUCUGUAAAUAUUUCAAAUAAAAACAACUGAUUCAAAUAUUUUUUAAAA